AUGUGCUCUCUCAGUGCAGCCAAUGCCAAGUUCUGUCUUGACUUUUUCAGAGAGCUGAACAAAAGAAAAAGAAAUGAAAAUAUCUUCUUCUCCCCACUAAGUCUGUCAGCUGCCUUUGGAAUGGUUGUCCUUGGAGCCAGGGGCAGCACACUCGAGCAGAUUGAGAAGGUCCAACUUUGCAUAGGAAAGCUCAAGCCUACCACGAAACAUCUGUUUUCCUGUUUGAAGUGUGACGAAGAUGAAGGAGUCCAUUCCCAGUUCCAGGCUCUGUUGGCUGAAGUCAGUGAACCUGGACCAGGCUGUUGUCUCACCAUUGCCAACAGGCUCUUUGGAGAAAUUACGUAUCCAUUCUUCCAGCAAUACUUGGAUUCCACAAAGAAAUUCUAUCGAGCAGAACUGGAACCAGUAAAUUUUAAAUACACUGAAGAAGAAGUCAGAGACAAAAUUAACUUCUGGGUUGAAAAUGAAACAAAAGGUAAAAUCAAGGACCUAUUUGCUGCUGGUUUUAUUGAUCCCUCGACUGUACUUGUCCUGGUCAAUGCUAUAUAUUUUAAAGGAAAGUGGGCAGUAGAAUUUAAGAAAGAAGACACUAAGGAAGCGUAUUUCCACCUGAACCAGAAUGAGAGAAGGAAAGUGCAGAUGAUGUUUCAAGAAGGAUAUUUUAACAUGGCCAUCAUAGAGGAACUGAAAACAAAAGUCAUAGAGCUCCAAUACUUCAAUAAUGAACUGAGCAUGUUCAUUCUUCUUCCUGAAGACGACGGUGAGGACUUUACUGGCCUAGAACAGCUUGAAUGUGCCCUCACCUACGAAAAACUCGCAGAAUGGACCAGCUCGGCUACGAUGCAACCACUGAGAGUGAAGGUGUACCUGCCCCAGUUCAAGAUGGAGGAAAGUUAUGUUCUCAACAGCACUCUCCAGGAGAUGGGAGUAAUGAAUGUUUUUGACUGGGGAAAAGCUGAUUUGUCAGGAAUCUCUAUGAAAGGUGGCUUGGUUGUGUCCAAGGCCAUCCAGAAGACAAUUGUAGAAGUCAAUGAAGAGGGCACCGAAGCGGGUUGUUCCAUGGGGCUUCUUGCAAUGCCUCUGUGUUGCCCAGUAACUUGUGAGUUCAGAGCUGACCGCCCAUUCCUCUUCUUCAUCAGACACAACCAAACCAACACCAUUCUCUUCUUUGGAAGAUAUUCCUCUCCUUAA